AUGAUCGACCUCACGGCGCCUUUCGAGGCCGACAGGCUCCUCGAAAUCCGCACGUCGGCCAUGAAACAAAUGCCGGGCCUCACAAUCGCGUCGGGAAUAGACAAGGAACUGUGCAACAGGCCCAUGAAGAUUGACGAGGUGGGCCUCGAAGGCGACGAACACGACCUGACCUUUCAUGGGGGCCCUGACAAGGCCGUCUUAGGCUACUGCUCUUCCCACUAUCCGAACUGGCAGGAGUCUUACCCGGAGGCAGCAGACAAGUUUGUACCGGGAGGAUUUGGCGAGAACUUCGUCACGGCUCACAUGAACGAACGCAAUGUCUGCAUAGGCGACAUCAUCUCCGUGGGGUCUGAGGUCCUGCUGCAGGUAUCCCUACCCAGAUCCCCUUGCUUUAAGCUGAACCAUCGCUUCUCUAUCAAAAAGUUUGCGCCUGUCACCUACGAAACGAGCCGUACAGGCUGGUAUUACCGCGUCAUCCGUGGGGGCACGGUCCAGGUGGGCGACGAGCUUCGUCUGGUGGAGAGGAAAUGGCCCAAGUGGACGAUUGAGAGAAUCCAGGAGUACCUGCACCGAAAUAAGGACAACUUUGAGAUGAACCAGGAGCUGUCGCGCAUUGAGGAACUCGGCAUGGAGGCGCGAGGCCAAUUCCAGAACCGAGUCGCUAAAGCUCUGAAGAAGAAGGACGCAAAGACGGAGACGUGGCAUGACUACAGGAUCAUUGAGCGCCACAUGGAGACGCCCAGGGUUGUGUCUCUGACUUUUGAGGCGGUGGACCCGCGAGUCAGCGCGGAACAGAGUGACUUUGGUCUUCAUUCGAAGCUCAAGCUGCCAAACGCACUGACGAGAUCGUACUCGGUGGUGUCGGGAGAGGGCAAGCUUCUCGGUCGCCGGUUCGAGCUCGGCGUCGCGCUUGAGCAAAACAGCCGAGGGGGAUCAAAAUACGUGCACGAAAAUGCGCACGUUGGCGACGUGGUUCCCGUGGGCAAGUUCACGACCAGCGUCGCGCCUGAUGCAUCGGCCAGCAUGCAUGUCUUCAUUGCUGGCGGGAUUGGCAUCACUGCUUUCAUCGCGCUGGUGAAGCGGUGUUUCCAGAUCAAUUGGGACUUUAAGCUGCACUAUGCCGUCCAGUCUCUGGAGGACAUGCCAUAUCGGGAGAGACUCGCGCCCUACGGAUCCAAGGUCGUCGUGUAUGACAAGUCGAAAGGUCAGAGGAUGGACAUCAACGGGAUUGUCAGGGGCAUGCCGUGGAACAGCCACCUCUAUGUCUGCGGACCUGACCGGAUGAUGGACGCAACGAAGAGUGCAGUGGCAGAGAGUGGUCUGUCCCCCAACGAGGUGCACUACGAGGCCUUUGGGGCCAACAUCUCGGGUGAUCCGUUCGAGGCGGAAGUGGCAAACAGAGACGGCAAGGCCGUCAAGGUAGGAGAGGAGGAGAGCCUGCUCGAGGUAUUGCGACGCGAGUUUGAUGAUGUCCCCUCGAGCUGCGAAGUCGGCAACUGUGGCACCUGCAAGAUCUCUCUCAUGAGCGGCCGGGUUGAUCACCGAGGCACAGCCUUGUCGGAAGAGGACAAGGCUAACUCCAUGCUUUCAUGUGUUAGUCGCGGUGCUGGCCGUAUUUCCAUUGAGAUCUGA